UAAAUGACACAGAUGUAACAUGAAUAUUUUGCUAAAACGGCCAUGUUUGUCGGGUGAAUCAGUUUAAUCUUACAAUGAAAAAAGUCCAUCGUUUUCGGUAAUCUCGGUUAGUUGAUAUCUGUUAGGUGCUCGUGACGCGUAAGACAACUGGAUUGAGAAAUGUCUACGUGUGCGGGCGGCGGGGGCGACGUCGGCUCGGCGGUGGCGGCGGCGCUGCAGUUCUUCGCGGCCUCGCAGUGUCUGGUGCGGGAGGCGUGGUUACCGGACGCUACUGUACAGAACGGUUCCUCAUGGGACUUCAUCGUAGUCGGCGGUGGGACGGCGGGCGCGGCGGUGGCGGCGCGGCUGCCUGGCACCGUACUGCUGCUGGAGGCUGGAGGGGAUCCACCACAGGAGAGCAUAAUACCAGGAUUCCGCGAUUACCUAAAAGGUGGCGAAUAUGACUGGAAUUUCAAAUCCGUGAACGAUGCCAAGUCAAGCCAGGCGUUGUUUAACGGCCAGCAACACCAACCCCGAGGCAAGAUGCUGGGCGGCAGUGGCUCCAUCAACGACAUGGUCUACUCCAGAGGCUUCCCAGCAGACUACGAUGAAUGGGCUACCCUCGUCGGAGAAGAAUGGAACUGGACCAACGUCCUAAAAUACUUCAAGAAGACUGAACAUCUGACUGACGAAAGGAUCAUUAACGAUCCUGAAUUAAUGAACUAUCAUGGAAGGAAUGGAGAUAUAGAAGUCACCGGCUUGAAUGAGUCCACGUAUACGACUAAAAAGUUCCUGGAAGCAUUUGAAGAGUUGCAAUUUCCAAUGGUAAAGGAUAUGACCUAUCCAGGUUUGAUAGGAGCUGGAAGAUUCUCGCACACCAUCAGGGACGGUCAGAGAGACAGUUCCUUAACCGCGAUGCUAAAUAAACAGUCAUGGAAUAGGAAUUUGAAAGUGGUGAAGAACGCAUUGGUAACCAAGAUUUUAAUUACGAAUGAUACAGCUGACGCAGUAGAAGCGCUUAUAAAUGGAGAUAGUUUCACGUUUUUGGUUGACAAAGAGGUUGUUGUUUCUGCAGGGACUUUUAAUACUGCCAAGUUAUUGAUGCUAUCUGGUUUAGGGCCGAAGGAGCAUUUGGAAGAAAUGGGGAUUGAGGUUAUAAAAGACUUGCCUGUGGGCGAUAACCUCCACGAUCACGUGAUGGUGCUGACGUACUUGGCAGCUGACAAUGGAACGUGUUUCUAUAGCGAGGCAGAGUCUCAAAUGGAAUUGAUAAGGUAUCUGUACGAUCGAACGGGCUCUUACUCGAAAACCGACAGCAUGGGCGCGUAUAUAACAAACGCAAACGGCGUACCGGAAUUUGCGAUUUACCCAUCUUGUAUCUCAGUAGGACAAAAAUUUUAUCAAAACUGUUUAGAUAUACUCGGGUUUCAAGAAAAAAUUUGCUCAAAACUGCAAUCAGAGCUGGAAAGCAGUGAGUUAUUAGGAUUCGCUGUUGUUCUUUUGAAGCCGAAAUCUCGUGGUGAAGUGAAAUUAAAAUCCGCAGAUCCGUUAGAAGCUCCGUUGAUACAUUCCGGCACUUUCAGCGACAUUUCUGACUUGGAUGCAUUUCCUAGCGCAUUGGAGAAAGCGCGGUCGAUAGCAAGAACUUCUUAUUUUAAAGCAAUGAACGCUCGGGUUAUUGAGUUAGAUAUUGACGUUUGUAACAAAGAAGAUUUAAAUUGUAGAGCUCAAGCGAUGGCGACGUCCGCAUGGCACGCCGUUGGCACCGCCGCAAUGGGGAGUGUGUUGGACGGAAAACUGAAGGUGAGAGGGGUGCGAGGAUUGAGGGUGGCUGAUGCUAGUGUGAUGCCGAAGGUGGUUCGAGGGAAUACCAACGCUCCCGUUAUAAUGAUUGCGGAAAAGGCGGCCGACUUCAUCAAAGAGGAGUAUUUUGGACAUUAGUUUAGGUUUUAAGAUAAUUGAAUUUUAUAAUUUUUGACAUCGAUUAGUUUAACCUUAUUUCGUGUUUUACCUUAACCACUUUAUGGUCUUAAUAGGCCGGUGUCGAUUUUUGAGCAAAAAUGUGAAAUUGCUAGAUUUAAGUCGUUGAAAUUAUACAUGUUUUGUUACGUAAUAUCUAAAUAACAAGUAUUGGUUUCUAUUAGCACGUCUUCUCAUCUUGCCUUUUAAUAAUGAGGUCGCGAGCGUGCGUCACCGGUAUUAUAUGAAGAGAAGGGGCAGUUUUUAAAAAUUCAUCAAAAAAUUAUGGUGGUAAAUUAUACAAAUUGAUGUAUAAGAAUAGUUUCAGCAAAUGUUGUAGAUUGUUUAAGCAUCAAAAUUACGUUGAAAUUAAGUCGAUUUUAAGAUAAGUUGUAACUUGUUUUGAAGUAAUUUCUGUUCAAAAAAUUAACUGUAAAACGGCAAGAUGAGAAGACGUGCUAAUAGAAACCAGUACUUGUUAUUUCAAUUAGGUCACCGACUAAAUCUAUCAAUUUUACAUGUUUGCGACUAAAAUCGGCACCGGCCUCUUAAAAACUUUAAACAAACGAGUAGCUACUCAAUUUCAGUAUUAUGAUUUUUCUCGUAUUGUCAUGAUAUUUUAAUUAUUAUUGGUUGGCUUUAGAUAACUAUGUACCUAUUCAGUACAAAACCACGGUUGUGACUUGAAUAGUAAGUUAGUUUAGUUUGUUUUUAGUGAGUAUUACAUACAUUUAUUUACAUACAAGAUAUAUAUAGGUACAGUGGUACUACGUAAACGAAAUUAAUAACUAGCUUAAAUCUAAAAUAGGCCCUUGAAGCAUUGUACCAAGGAUGCUGGCGGCAUUUCCCCGCUGUAUCGCAAUGCUGAUACGUUGUGCGAGAAAGCCGCCAGCUCUUCGGUCACCAGUUACGUCAACCAGACGCUUCGCGAUUUCUGCAAACAACUUAUGCGCGCUGGGACCCCAUGGACCUGGAGUUUCAACUCCAAAUGGAACGAAAUGAUACUCUCUACGUUUUUAGUUAGGUUUAGUUAGUUUAGUAAUUUGAAUAAAAGGUUAGGUACCUAAUUGAAUUUUAUUGAUAAACAAUUAAUAUUGAAAGACGGAUUGGAAAUAUAAUAAUAAAUAAAAUAGU